AUGAGCCGUGGCCCUUCCAUCGGCGCCCAGGACAGGACAGGGCAGGAUGAGGAACCAAGUCCCGACAGGCCUGGUGACUCCAUGAAGCGCACAUGCAGCAUGUGCGCCACGAGAAGCCCGGCCAACAAGGAGUACAUGCCCCGAGUCACCCCACUGACGAGAAGGAAAGAAAAGGUGAAGAGAACCGGUGGCCACAGGGCAGCUGCCUCUGGUGCUGAGGGCCGCUGCCGGCCUGGGCGCGUCAUCUCAUCUGGAGGCUGGUCACGUUCUCCUGUAAAGACCCGGGGAGCUGCAAGCCUGGGACCACUUCACACCCAUGACACACAGCGACUGAAACUGUGA